AAAUAACUUCCUUUUAUUAUAUUCAUCACGUUUUAUUUAUAGACCCCCGCCAUUAUGGAAUAUGUUGCACGACUUUAACUUUCCUGUAACCAAACAAAAUGGAUAAUUCCGGAAUUUGCGCCAGAUCCAAGGAUGGCAGUAUAAAAUGCUGUGUAAACCAUUAUUUGAAAGAAAAUUCCUGUGUAGAAUGCCCGCUCGGAUCUUUUGGUUGGGGUUGUAAAACUCUUUGCCCUGCUGGAAGUUACGGUUGGUUGUGCUCAAACCAAUGCAAUUGUCUGGAUCAUGUUUGUGACUACGUCAAAGGUUGUACAACAAAGAACAGAACGGCUAGUACCAUUCUGCCUGCUACGACAUCGAGAAUUCCCACAGGUUCCAGAUCAGACAUUCAAAGCACGUCAGGUGAUAGUUCCACUGGUUUGGGGUUGAAAUCCACAAUGCAACCAAUAUUUACAUCACCAACAUUAUCAAUAUCGAAUAUUAUACAGUCAACGUCGACAAUCUUAAUAUCGACAAUGACCAAAACAGCUGGGGUGAAACCUGAUAAACCCGCGUCCGAUUUUGCCAUUUUUCUUGUUCCUAUUGGGAUUAUCAUUGUAAUACUACUUAUCGUGAUUAUCCUACUUAUUGCUUGGAAACUCAAUUUAGUUCAACGUCACAAUCAGAUUUUGACUUCAGAGGUAGCUACUUUAAAGAAGAUACCUGCAACCGAUAUAGAAUCAGCGAACUAUGAGGAAAUCAACACUGUAUCAGAUCGGAUUGGAGUUAAGGAAAGCUAUCGAAAUUUUCACACGAUAUCUGAGCCAGAUGUUUAUCAGUUAUCGCUCUCUAAGUACCAGGAAAUUAAUGCAGAGGAAGAGAAAAUCACAGAACAUUCAACAAUGGAAAAUGAAGCUGAGAUAAACACCUCGGUCAUGUAUCUCUUACCCACGACAGCUACAUCAAAACACACCUAUAUUGACAUUGUAGAAUCCUCCCCCGAGAUCAGCGAGACGUGGAAAAGAAAUAGUGAUGAUAGUGAGACAGUUUCAGUAACAGAGAAAUAUGAUGAUACCAUCUGCUCUCCGUAUUAUGAGUGCAUAUCAUCCGAAAACAUGUACUUACACCCCAUUUAAAAAUUAUAAUAUACGAUCGCGAAAAGAUGUAUAUUUAAAUAUCAUCUAGGAUAAUCAAUGUAAAAAGAAUAGAAAUGUGUUUAUAGAUUUACCUUACGCGAGUCGAAUCAGUUGAGAGACGUAAAUAUUAUAUGCAGGCAAUAAUGGAAUAUUGCUACAUAAAUAUGGGAAGUUGACGAUGACGAAGCUGAAGUCACACCGUUUUUUCAAAAGACUAAGUUGUUGCUUUGUCUUUUAUGUCUAUGUUCAAUACAAUUUCCAAAUCUGAA